GACAUGCAAAUGACACACAGAGAACACAGCCCAGCUUUCUUUACAGUUUAAAACACCCGGGAGAUUUUAUAAAAAAGACAACCAGUCUGACAGGAUGCUUUUUGUUACUAUCUUUGUUCUUCUUGCCGCUUCUGCUGCAGCAGCUGACCUCCGGCCUCACUACUCAUUCUCCCCACCGGUGGGGUCAGGAAGUGGGAGCUCCUAUUUGCUCAGUGGAGAGGGAAGGAUCACCGCUGUGAGAGUUUGGGAAUCCUACUCGAGCUACAUCCAAGGUAUCCAGUUCCGGUAUGGCUACCUCUGGUCCCCUAUUGCUGGUAAUGGAUACGGUCAGGCCCAAGAAAUUGAGUUGUUCGAUGGAGAAGCUAUGAUCCAGAUUUCUGGGAAGUAUUCCCACUAUUUGCAGUCUGUGGUGUUCACCACCAACCGAGGUCGCUCCCUGUACGCGGGUCAGCCCUCUGGAGAGUCCUUCAACAUGUACCCCGAGCAUCCUCAGGCUGAGCUGAUCUUCAUCAGCGGGCGUGUGCAUGGAGGCAUCACCUCCUUAGGAUCCCACUGGGCCAUUGUUGAUCCAUCCUUGAGCCCAUCCAACAACACUGGAGGACAUUAAGUUGGAAAGCAAAGGAUAGAUGUGUCCUGAAAUUUAAUGUGCAGCUUAUUUACAAUAUUGAUUUAAUUGGAAAGCUGUAUGCAAGACUCUUUCUUCAAAUUCAUUAUUCACAAAUCAAUAAAAACUCCUUCCUUUGAUAGACCUCUGAAUAUAAAGUUUUCAUUCUCAGAAAUGUAUUAAAGACCAAAUCUGCUGUGUUUUUACUCACUUGACUGGUGUAAAUACAGUAAAAGAUAAUUUGUAUCUUUUGAAAAAUGUACAUAAAUCAUUAAAAUCAAUGACUACAAUUAA